UUAUCUUCUCUCUCUCAAUCAAUUCUCAACUCCCGUCGUUCCUUCUAAGAUCUUCUCAAUCGCUCGCUACACCUUUGCGAACAGCCAGAUGCUACGUCACUUGAUCCGUCGUCGGGUCUCUCUCUCAUUUCAAUCCCAACCCUCAAAGCUCUCACCUUUACGAUUCUCCACAACUCUCUCACCCGCCGAGAGAUUAUACAACCAUCUUCAGUCAUCCACCAGCAACCUCGAGAAGGAAUUAACCUCUUCGAAGGCCAAAAUCGACGCGUCUUGUAUCAACGAGGUAAUAACAAGAUGCCGACCAAACCAAUUUCAAUUGGGUCUUAGGUUUUUCAUAUGGGCAGGAACUCAGUCCGGACAUAGACACAGUCCUUACAUGUAUACCAAAGCUUGCGACUUUCUUCAAAUUAGAGCUAACCCAUAUCUGAUCAAGAACGUUGUUGAAGCCUAUAAGAAAGAUGAAUGCUUUGUUAGUGUUAAGACCAUGAGGAUCGUUCUGUCUCUUUGUAGCCAAGCGAAGCUCGCUGAUGAGGCGUUGUGGGUGUUGCGGAAGUUCCCUGAGUUCGAUUUAUCUGCAGACACCGUUGCGUAUAAUGUGGUGAUUAGGUUGUUUGCUGAUAAGGGAGAUCUGAGUAUGGGUAUGAAGUUGAUGGAAGAGAUGGAAAGUAUUGAUCUUUCUCCUGAUGUGAUGACUUAUACGUCUUUGAUCAAUGGGUUUUGCAAUGCGGGUAAGGUUGAUGAAGCUUGGAAGCUGGCUAAGGGGAUGAGUGAGCACGGUUGCGUGCUUAACACCGUGACGUAUUCGAGGAUUCUGGAAGGGGUUUGCAAGUGUGGUGAGAUGGAGAGGGCGUUAGAGUUGUUGACAGAGAUGGAGAAAGAAGAGGAUGGUGGGUUUAUUAGUCCCAAUGCUGUUACUUAUACUUUGGUGAUUCAAGCGUUUGUUGAGAAGAAGCGGGUUCAAGAGGCGUUGAUGGUAUUGGAUAGAAUGGGAGAUAGAGGAUGCUCGCCGAAUCGUGUUACCGCUAGUGUUUUGAUCCAAGGGGUUUUGGAGAACGGUGAGGAUGUUAAGGAUCUUUCUAAGUUGAUCGAUAAGUUGGUGAAACUAGGUGGUGUUUCUCUCUCUGAAUUUUUUAGCUCGGCUACUGUGUCGCUAAUCCGUUUGAAGAGAUGGGAAGAGGCGGAGAAGAUGUUCCGUUUGAUGUUGGUCCGUGGGAUUAGACCUGAUGGUCUUGCGUGCAGUCUUGUUCUCAGGGAGCUGUGUUUGUUGGAAAGGUAUCAUGAUUGUUUCCUUCUGUAUGAAGAGAUUGAGAAGGUGGAUGUGGUGUCAACGAUAGACACGGAUGUGCACUCGGUUCUUUUGCUCGGUCUAUGCGAACAAGGGCGGUCUUGGGAAGCUGCUAAGCUUGCGAAGUCUAUGCUCGAUAAGAAAAUGAGAUUGAAAGUUUCUCAGGUUGAGAAAAUCAUUCAAGCUUUGAAGAAAACUGGUGAUGAAGAUCUCAUGCGUCGUCUCUCAACGAGUUAAUUCCAUUAUUUUAGCUUUUGCAUUAGUGAAGUUUUGUAAUGAUGUUACUGUAUAACAACAAGCAGAAAGAACUCAGAAUAGUUGAAGAUAAACAGGUUCCUCGUUAGCAUCAGUUUCCUAGUAAGUAAUGAACCGAUUCGUAUUGUUGUCAAAGAAGAUGAAGCUGCAGCCAAGGUGAUAAUUAUGUUCUGAAAUGCUAUGCUUGUGAGGGGAGGCUUCCACUUGUAGGAUCAGAUUCCAGCUUUUCCCUACUGUACUGUCCUUACACUCUGAAGCUGAAGCAUUCAGUUAAUGGGGAAAAUUGGUUCAACCUGAAGUUAGAAGCACAAAACCUUGGAGGCUCUUUGGAUACAACAACCAUCAGGAAGACCUCUGGGAAAUGGAGGGCAACAAGUCUCUCGGCCUUAUGGUUGUGCACUUCUCUUUUUGGUUUUCUUGUUAAAGGGAUAAGCAUCACAAACAUUUGUGCUUCGUUCUUUUUUUGUUGUAUUUUGCCACGCUAAUAAAUGGAUCUGAGGUUUGAUAGAAUGAAUAUAUGUUCUUUAACU